UGCCAGGUUACACAGUCUCUUUAGUCUUUAUAGUAACAUCAACAAUUUCAAACUUUCAAACGCAUGCGAUGUGCGUGAUGUCUGAAAUGUGAUAAGCUAAAGCAAGACAGUUGAACAACAUGGCUGGUGUUCUUUUUGAGGAUAUUUUCGAUGUAAAAGAUAUAAACCCUGAGGGAAAGAAAUUUGACAGAGUGUCAAGACUUCACUGUGAAAGUGAAAGUUUCAAAAUGGAUCUCAUUCUUGAUGUGAACAUUCAAGUAUAUCCUGUUGACCUCGGAGACAAGUUUCGUCUUGUGCUUGCCUCCACACUACGUGAAGAUGGGGCCCCGGAUGAUGGGGAAUAUCAGCCAAUGGACAAUAUGCCAUCCAGGGCUGACCAGUUUGAAUAUGUUAUGUAUGGUAAAACAUAUCGAAUUGAUGAAGAAGGCAGCUCUGUUGAAGCACCAACUAGAUUGUCUGCAUAUGUGUCCUUUGGUGGCCUGCUCAUGAGACUACAAGGAGAUGCUAACAAUUUACAUGACAUGGAAGUUGAUCAGUAUAUUUACUUGCUGAUGAAGAAACUAGCUUUUUAAUGCAACAAUCCAUUGUACAUCCUAUAGUUAAAAAGUAUUAGCCAACAUUGCCAUUAAAGCAACUAUGUAAUAUAUUAUAUUAUAUAAUAAGGCAACCUGGCAUAAUGCAAAUUAUGUUGCAGCUAUCAUGCAAUUCGGGGUUUGUGUAGAGUUGCUCAAAAAUUUCCAAGGACUUAAUUUAUAUACCUUUGUGCAAUUUUUAUCAAUUAAGCACAUUUUAAAACCUACACAAACCAUUUCAUUUCAAUAUGCAUUUUACAAUGAACAAUCCUUCUUAUUUAUCCUUAAAAAAAUCUCAUAUUGAAAUGACAUUAAAAACUCCAUUCCCAUUAAAACACAAUUUGCCCGAUCAAAGGUAGACAAUAAACUAUGCAGAUAGGGUCAACAUGAAGUUAUCAGUACAGACUAGUGGGAGCUAGAAAAUUGAUUGCAACAAAAACAAUGAAAAUAGACACUUCCCAAAUGAUCUCAAGUACCUAGAAAGACUCAGUUAAAUUUUGAUAGUGGGCAGUGCACAUUCAGGGUAGGCAGAAUAAAUUACUACAGCUCAAAAUCCUAGUCGAGAAAUGAUGGAUAGAAGCCUCACUGCCUCAGAGGACUCCAUAUCAGCACUUUGUUUCUGGGCAAAUUGUACUUGAAAAUCAGUUUUGCUGUUGAGACAUAGUCAGCAUGCGCAUGGCACCUGUAUUCAUCAUCAUUGUCAAUAAACUUCAUCUUAAACACUCAAUCCAGAUGAACCAGAACCGAUGAACUAACAUACUAGCAUAUACAGGUCAGUAACGUCUCGUUUUCCAGAGUAUUUGCUCUGUGUCGAAGACCGAAUAUCCUGGAAAAGUGUUUGCCAUCAUAUUCGGGAGAUAAGAAAAUCUUCACAC